AAAGAUGCUGCUCCUACAUUGUGUUUCAAACUCCCCUUCUGGAUUUGCUCUCAGAGCCCGAGGCACGUUCUUUUAAAUUUCUUCAUUGAUAGCAAAUCUUUGUCCUUUUCGGGUGGAUUUAUUUUUGGGAGACAGCCCUUUGGAGCUGCAUCCGGUGAAUAAGGUGGAAGCAGUUAUAUUCUUGCGGAAGAAGGAAAGGUUGACUUUAGAAGGAAAUCACAGUAGUGAAAGGGCUUGGGCUGCUUUUGUUUUUACUUACCUGCACUGAACAAAUUUGACUUCCGGAGUCAGUCAUUUUGGUGUCAAGAAAUUUCUUCGGCAUUCUACAACAGCUCCCAAAGUGGCUGGGAUGCAUUAGAAACUGAAGCGACGGAGAGCGGUGUCGGCUGCCUUCCCCACUUCUCGGAGCAGAAGCCAAUAGAGAGCUGUUUGAAAACAUCUCAUUCACAUACCAGUUGAAGACUAGCCCUCGGAGGUUUUCACAGUAGAUCGUGCGUCUUCCUCAGAUGGACGGGGAGAAGUAACAUUCUGCAGAUUGCUGUCAGAGGUCCUGAGUACGCCAACCCAUCUGGUUUUUCUCCCCCUUGUUGAAUGGCCUUUGCUUCAGCAGCCCACUGAGGGCUCUUUUCCUCGGGAUUCUGAACGUGUAACUAAGAAUGCAGGCUGGGAAGAUGCUGAGUUCCAUCAAGUGUGUGUUGGUAGGAGACUCUGCCGUGGGGAAAACCUCUCUGUUAGUACGCUUCACCUCAGAGACCUUCCCGGAGGCCUACAAGCCCACAGUGUACGAGAACACGGGCGUGGACGUCUUCAUGGACGGCAUACAGAUCAGCCUGGGUCUCUGGGACACAGCUGGCAAUGAUGCCUUCAGAAGCAUCCGCCCCUUGUCCUACCAGCAGGCAGAUGUGGUGCUAAUGUGCUACUCCGUGGCCAACCAUAACUCUUUUCUGAACCUGAAGAACAAGUGGAUUGGUGAAAUCAGGAGCAACUUGCCCUGUACCCCCGUGCUAGUGGUGGCCACCCAGACUGACCAGCGGGAGGUGGGACCCCACAGGGCCUCCUGCAUCAAUGCCAUAGAAGGGAAGAGACUGGCCCAGGAUGUGAGAGCAAAGGGCUACCUGGAGUGCUCAGCUCUUAGCAACCGGGGGGUACAGCAGGUAUUUGAGUGUGCUGUCCGAACUGCCGUCAACCAAGCCAGGAGACGCAACAGGAGGAGGUUCUUCUCCAUUAAUGAGUGCAAGAUCUUCUAAACCCCAAGAGACUUCACCCAACACUCAUUUACUCACCCUGACGGCUGACGGGGACAGGGAGAGCAGGCAAGCCAGCAAGGGUUGAUGCUCUUUCUGGGCACAUCCCAAGCAGCGUUUCCUUUUGGAUACAGUUGUUGAUGGGACUUGGCCACUGGAUGUUUUUACUAAGUACACUCUACAAAUGAACUCUUUGCCCAGUUCAAUUGGAAGAUCCCUUGGGAAGCUAUAAUGACUAUUCCGUGUUCGAUUAAAAAACUAAAAUAGUCUGCAUAAUUUUGGGCAAUGAAGUGAGUUUUCCAAAGAAUUCCCUAUUUAAAGACACAUUUUAUUUAAAUAAUAACAAAAUGUUUAGCUCUUGUUUAUAAUUAGUUUUCACACUUGGGAAGUCUUUUCCUUCAUACUCACAAACAAACUUCUGUAUGUGUGAAAUAAUCUUCUGGGGCUCUGCCAUAUGUUUGUAGUGUUAUUUUCACCCAAAGUAGAAAUUUUGUUGAAGCCACUUGCCUGCUAGAUUUUACUAGAUAAUCAAAUUUUGAAAUGACCAUAAAUUGAUCCUCACAAUUAAUUUUCCACCCAGCUGUUAUUCAGAGUUGUAUAUAAAACACAGUUCAAUAAC